AUGGCCUAUGACUGCUUUGUGGCCAUUUGUAACCCUCUGCUCUACACAGUUGCCAUGUCCCAGAGACGCUGCGCUAUGCUGGUGGUGGGAUCAUAUGCACGGGGAGUAGUAGCUUCCUUGGUAAUCACAUGCUCUACUUUCCAAUUAUCUUUCCAUGGUUUCAAAAUAAUCAAUCACUUCUACUGUGAGCUUUCCUCGCUUCUCUCUCUUUCUUGCUCUGAUACUUCUCUCAGCCAGUUAUUACUUUUCAUCUUUGCCGCUUUUAAUGAGGUGAGUACAUUACUCAUCAUUCUCACUUCUUAUGUGCUUAUCAUUGUCACCAUCUUGAAAAUGUGUUCAGCCAGUGGUCAUCAGAAGGUGUUUUCUACCUUUGCUUCUCACCUGACUGCCAUCAGCAUCUUCCAUGGCACCAUCCUCUUCCCCUACUGUGUGUCCAACUCAAAAAACUCCAGACGUACCAUCAAAGUAGCCUCUGUGUUUUACACAGUGGUGAUCCCCAUGUUGAAUCCCUUGACCUACAGCCUGAGGAAUAAGGAUGUCAAGAGUACAGUCAGCAAGAUAAAGGCAUCAAACUCUUUUUUUCGUUGA